UCGUUUCUUCAGUGGCAUUUAACUGAGAGUUUAUGGAGGCUGCAGCCGUGGAAAAUGAACAUCUCCUCUGUGGUAUUCGCUCUCCUGACUCGAGCACUGCUUGGAGAUUUGUGUUCGGCCAUCAACGUCACUAUCACCCCUUCCCCCUUCACGGUGGCCCAGGAGGGUCAAAAUAUCACACUCUCCUGUGUUGUGUCUCAGAGGCGGCGUAACGCUGCUCUACCAGUGGUGAAAUGGACCUUCCUGCCAGCGGGCACAGACCGGACAGAGGACGAACUCCUCAUCGCUCGCAUCAACAUGAGGAAGGAACGUUUCUAUGGCAACUACACAAAGAGUUUCUCAUGGCCCAAACUGAAGCUGACGGUGGUAAAGCAGGGGAAGGUCUUUGACCUGUUAAUCUUGAACGUGUCUGAGGGGGACCGGGGGCUCUACAUGUGCCGGGUGCAGGAGUUUAAAAAGCACCAGAAUCGCUGGAAGGCCUCAACAAACUCCACUGCUGCUACUGAGCUCAGAGUGCAUGUCCUACCGGCCACCAAGGCCAAAGAUGGCCUGUGGAGCUUGUUUGAAGAUGUGUACCUGUGUGCAGUGCUGAUCUGCUCAGUGGGUCUGCUGUGUAUGUGCAUGUUCACAGUGACGAUAACCUGCCAGUUCAUACAGAGGAAGCAGAGGUUAAAAGAUAAUUACCUCUUGGUCAAAAGCCCUCAGAACAGCUCAGGCGAGACAGUCACCAGUGUGGUCAGUGUGUCUCCUGCUCUGCCUAAGAAGGAGAGGAGGUACAGGAAGAAAAGGAGCAGAGACUACCAAGGGGAGAUACCGCCAGAGAUACCAGCAAAAGCUCCCAUUGGAGACAAAACACGGAAACCCAAACUUCUAAAACCACAACCAAGGAAAAUUGUGUUGCCGAAGAUACUGGAGGAGAAUCUGACCUACGCAGAGCUGGAUCUUUUGAAGCCAAUUCCGGAAACCAAGGCAACAUGUAGCGGCACGGUGUACGCUCAGAUUCUGUUUGAGGAGCAGCAGCUAUGAGAGAAACUUACACACCACUAGUAACUGUGCCUUGUGUAAAAAGUAUUGUCUAUUUAUAGUCUGUAUUAUUUUGUAUUCAAAAUGGUUUGUGAAGGGGAAAAUUGCAUAUGUUCUUUGAUAUAAGUUCCUUUUAUGAGACCAAGAUGCAAAAAGAGAUGUUUUGUAUACUGGAGUAUUUUUCAUGUGGAAUGUUUCUUUUGCACCCAUGUUUGAAUCCUGUGUAGCUUAAACUGGGAACACAAUAGAAGACUAUGGUGCUGAUUUAAACCAGAUAUGUCCAUCAUGUCAGUCGGAGGGGAGAUUGGAGAUUUUAAGUUAAUCUGAGCCUCCCCAUUCAUAUCAAUCAAUAUCAGCAGGUUAAUGUCCUGUGGUUUUUGGUUAUUAUAGCCAGUGACAGAUGAGUUUGCUCUGGAGCAUGUGAAGUGAGCUAUUGCUUUAUAAGAAUAAUGCUGCUAUUUGUUUGUGGUUUAUUUUAAAGGGAAAAAAAUGUAGGGAAUGCUUAUUUGCUUUAUUGCAGAAAAGUUAUAAAAGGCAGUUGAGGCCACUCUCAUGUCUGUGCCUUAAGUACGGAGCUAGAACAAGGAGGUGAUUAGCUUAGCUUAGCAUAAAGAGUGAAAGGUGUAAAUGUUCUUGUUUGCCAUGAAAAAAGGUAGAUACAUAACUCCCUCUAAAACAACACAUUCUCACUCCCGACUCAUCAAAUAUGGACGCUUGGUCCUGUGGUGUAGCAUUUUAACGCACUGGGUACCUCUUUAGCGUCGUUUUUAGACAUUUCAAUGGUGCUUUCAGACCAAAAGCGAAGCAAGCGUUGGGGGCAGUGAGUUUUUACAUACAAAGUCAAUGCAAAGACGCAUAGAGCCGUGAUUUCCGGUCGGGCAGCGCGAAGGGGGCGGGGCCGGCAACGCGAAGGCAACGCAAGGGAAUCUCCAUGAGGCUGAGUCGCAAUAGCCUAUCAGUGUUGAGAUUGUCCGUACGUCACCGAGGCUUCAGAGCGUUGUGUGGAGAGGGCCAGGCAGAGCGGGGGAUUGAAAAUCUGCUGGCCAGCUAAGAGCUGCUAAACUUGGGGGAGAGGAGCAGGGAGCAGUGCUGCAACCAUUGGAGAAAUAAACACCUGUAAUCUAUCGGAUUCUGCUCUGACAACUACGCCGUUUACUCACGGGAGGAGCUCAGAGUUAACUGCUUUUAUUAAAUUAGCU